AUGGCUAUGAGCGGAGUCACAGAACUUGAAAUAAAAGAAAAUGUUACAUAUGGGACUAAGAUAUUUCAAGGGUGCCAGAAUCUAACAACAGUGACAGUUGUUGGGACUCAGGCAGUGAUAUCGAAUAACAUGUUUUAUCAAUGUCGCAAUUUGAAUAACGUGAAAAACAUGGAAAAUAUUUAUAAAUUUGGAGUUGGUGCUUUUGCAGAAACUGGGAUAACAACUGCCAAAUUGAAUAACCAUGUAGAAGACGGAUAUGUGUCGUUGUUUGAAAACUGUAAUUCAUUGAAAACAGUUGAUUUAAAUAAUGUUGUUAAUAUUCCAAGUAAAUUUUUUUCUGGUUGUUCAUCACUUAGUACUGUUAUUGGUAUUGAUUCGGUGACUGUAUUUGGUAAUUAUUCGUUUGCAUACACCGCAUUGUCUUCUUUUAUUGCAUCAAAGCUCACUUCUGUCUACUUGAAAGGAUUGUCAGAAAUACCAGCUGGUACAUUUAAAGACUGCUCCGUGCUAAAAACAGUCACUGGAUUUGAAAAUAUCACUUCUUUUGGAAAUUUUUCAUUUGCAAACACCUCAUUAGAAAAAGUAAUUAUCAACACACAAAGUAGUGUCACUUUGGGUUCAAACAUCUUUCAAAAUUGCAAAUGGUUAAUGGAUGUCAAUCUUGGAACAAUAAAAAGUCUUUCAGAUUACACUUUUGAUAACUGUGUAUUGCUAAAACAAAAACCAGAAAGUGGUGAUAAUGAUCAUGUCAAUUUUGAGUCUUUUAAUACAAUAAAUACAUUUGGAAGGUAUUUACAAAACACCGUCAACCCCACGAUGAAUGCGUUGUGGUGUUUAUUUGUGAUGCUAUUGAUAGGUGUGUCCUCUGAAAAGUGCGAAGCUGGUUAUUAUCAAAGUGGAGUUGAUUGUGUAUAG